AUGGCAUCCAAGUCAGGCAUGGUCAACCCGGCCAUCUUCCAGGAUCUCCAGGCGCGUGUAGACGAAGACACCGCCGUUCGGGAUGAGCUGCGCGACAUCAUACAGGCACUCGAGAAGCACAACCGUAAUGUCUCGUUUGUGCUGUCAAGAGCCCAUUCGACACCGGUGAACGAGCUACCCGAUAUCCUCAAGGCUUCUCAGGAGCCGAUUGACAAUGUGAUCGCCACUGUCGGCCAGCUGUCGCAGGCUGCAUCAAAGAUGCCAUACUACAAGUUCAACAACAUGUGGAGUCGUCAGAUGCAGGGCGCGUGUGAGAGCGCUUUGUUCUGGGGCUGGCUCGGCGGCUUCAAGUAUGAUGGCGGUGAAGUACAAUGCGGCCGUCUGUUGACCAUCGAGGAGCUCGGCGAGAUCUUCAAGAUUCCCGUAAACCUCAAAGACCGCGAUGAGUUCCAUCUCUCGCUCGAAGAGUAUCUUCAUUCUCUCAUGACGCUGGUUGAGGAAUUGACACGCCUGGCACGUAACGCGGUCACGCUCGGUGAUUACGAGCGCCCGCUUCUCAUCAACCAGUUCGUCAAGGAUCUGCACGCGGGCUUCCAGAUCCUCAACCUCAAGAAUGACAGUCUGCGCCGCCGUAGCGACGGUCUGAAGUACAGGGUCAAAGAUGUCGAGGAUAGCCUUGCCCUGCUAGUUGAUAUCCGCAUCGUACUGACAACGCCGCACACGGCCGAUCCUCUUCUUUCAUUCACAAACAUGGCCAGCACGACUGUCAUCAACGCAAACGCGACAUCCAAGGUCCAACCUUCUACCGCACCGCCAAUCGAGCCAUUGAAGAAUGACAUGGCACGCACCUACACGCACAUUCACCCGCUUCUUGUCCUUUCCGUCUAUGGCCUCAAGUUCAAUGCAUUGGUUGCCGACCCGGUAUCGACGCUCUUUAGCACGCUUCCGUACCUCGCCGUGCUACAGAUAGCGUUCGUGGCUGUAUGCCUACCACCAACUGGAGGCGCACCCAAGAAGCCCACCGAGAAGAAGGCCAAGGCUCCUGGCAAGCCGGAGCAAGGGGGUAACUCGAAGCUUGUGCCGGCAUUCUUGUCCCUUCUUCUUGCCCUGAUCGCUGCAACACCGCUCCUGACGGCUACCCUCGUCCUCUUCGGCGCGCCCGUCUCCUCGCAUUACUGGCAUACUCUCCUUUGCGGCGCUCACAUCGCGCUUCUCAGUACACUGCCCCUGGUAUACGUACACGGUGUAGACGGCGAGACCUGGAGGCAGAUUGUCGCGCUGCUUCUGCCGAUUGAUGAAGUCUACGGAGGAUUGAUUGGCACUGUGCUUGGCGCAUGGCUGGGCGCUGUGCCUAUUCCAUUGGACUGGGACCGCGAAUGGCAAAAAUGGCCCGUCACCAUCGUUACAGGCGCUUACAUCGGAUACGCAGUCGGCAAACUGCUCGGUGGCACGCUCCUGAAGGGUACCAAGAUCAUGUUUGAUUAG